GUUACCAUGGUAAUAUAAAGUUUAGGAAAUGCAUCGCAACAACAUCAGCUGGACUAGCACGAAAAAAAUGGAAUAAGAUAUAGCUAUAGUCAUGUUUGAACUAGCAACAAAUCCGAAAUGUAUUGACUAGCUUGACAGCCAGCUAAAGUUAGCUAAAAGCUCUAGCUAUAUUGAGUAAAUUCAAUUUGACGAAGCAUUACUAAAAUGUCUGAGAAGAAAAAAGGAAAGGUCACAGAAAGCGAAGAGGAAGGGAAUUUGCAAGUAUCCUACAUUUUCCCAAAUGGUGACAGAUAUGAAGGAGAGUGCUGCAGGUCCACAGAGGGAGUCGUGAGGAGGAGUGGUAUGGGCAAACACACCUCAGCCAGUGGUGUCACCUACACUGGAGAGUGGCAUGAUGACAAGAUGAAUGGCAGAGGGACUCUGGAGCAUCCCUCUGGGGCCCUGUAUGAAGGGGACUUCAAAGACAACAUGUAUCACGGCACAGGGACAUACAGCUUCUCUGACGGGACCAAAUACUGCGGCAGCUUCAGCAAGAACAGGUUGGAGGGUGACGGGGAGUUCACCGACUCUCAGGGACUUGUUUGGAUUGGAGGCUUCCACAACAAGGCAGCUCCUGGUUUGAAACUUAAACUCAACAUGUAACCCAUGACAUAAUGUGAGAUAACAUAACUCUAAUUUCUCUUACAUUUAUGAGCAUUUAUUGAAUAUAGAUAAAAAAAUAUAUUCAAAAUAACAAAAUUUGACUCCAGUAAGAGAUUUUAAAGGCACCAAAUGAAAUGAAACAUACAAUGUCCUUGUUCUUCCCAUAAAACUCCUGCAGUGACACCUGGUCUCUUUUACCUGUAGGAAAGACUUUAGUAGUCAGCGUAUGACAGUGUGGUGAACACACCUCAUGGCACCGUGCAAUGAAGGAGUCAUUGCUUUGAGUCACACAGCCAAGAGUCCUCUUUGGAGGUGCUGAAACACAGUCUGUGUGUGUGUGGCUGUGUAAGCCUCAGUUAACCAACAGUGUUAGGCUAAAACUAUUUCUACUACAGUUUAUUUGGAAUCUUUUAACUCUUCAUAAGCAGCGUACAAAUCUAGAUCGGUGGAGGAGUCCAUCAAUGUUCUGUUUCUUGAACGCCAACAAGAAUAUCUCUUUACUCCCACUGAUGUCACUAUAAUGUGUGUGGUAUAAUUUAUAUAGUUCAUUUGCUUAAUGUGUGCAUCUGGUGUUUACUGAAUUUGUUAAACAAAGUUAUGUGAUGAAUUCCUCAAUAAGAUGUGUGGUGGUUAUGUCCAUAAGUGUCUUCAGUAAAUCAUCAAACAUCUGCUGAGA